AUGUUGAAGCUUCUGGAUAACAGACGAUAUCUGUAUUUAUAUCCUUGCAUUCUUCUGCAAGGGAUUGCGGUCAAUUUGGUGGUAAAAUCGUCUCAAUUAGAGCAUCAGAAGGACACUGUUUAUAUCCUUUCUUCUGGCAACUGGAUCAAUCAAAUAUUCGCAUACCGCGGCAAUCUGAUCUGGACUGUUGUGUAUAUAGCAUUAGCAUGUUUUCAAAUUCAUCUGCAGCUAUCAAGAGAGGGUUUUCUGCCGCUGGACCCUCGCAGCGAGAGCGAGCGGAAUAAGAAAACCUUGUUCAAAGCUGUAAAGCCUUAUGUUGCCAAGUUAGUCCUGAAAAAUUUAGCCCUGCUGGUCGUCUUCCUUGUCAUUGAUCGCGUUUUUGUCUGGACUGGGGGAUCCUGCUCCACUAGCAGCACGAAAUCCGCAGAAAAAUGUCGGAAACAGGGCGGGCGAUGGGAAAACGGAUUCGAUGUCAGCGGACAUUUCUGUUUCCUCACGACGGUAAGCUUGAUACUUUGGCAGGAGCUGCGCCUUGCAUUCCAGUAUAUGGCUGCUAACGAAAUCAAUGGCAGAAGCUCGAGAACGUGGCUCGCUUUGCAGUCGACCACUUUGGCAGUGCUUAUUGUGUGGGCAUUUAUCUUGUGCGUAACUGCGAUCUACUACCACACACUGUUGGAGAAGGUUCUGGGGCUUGCCAUGGGCUACAUUUGUCCCGCAGUCAUUUAUUGGGUCAUUCCCAACAAUCAGAAAUUGAGUUCAUUACUCUACUAA